AUGCCUAACUUAAAGGUAUUUAUGGAACAAGUUUUAGGUGGUGGUGGAGGAGAUUCAAUUCGAGCUGGUGGGGGUGGAGGUAGAGACAACUCAGGUGGUGGUGGUGGAGGUGGUGGAGGAAGAAUUAUAAUCGGAGGUGGUGGAGGAGGAAUUUUAAUCGGAGGAGGUGGUAGUGGUAGUGGUGGUGGUGUUAAAACUGGAGGUGGUGGAGGAGGAAUUACAAUCAGAGGUGGUGGUGAAAAAAGAGGAGGAGUUAUAAUCGGAGGUGAUGGUGGUGGUGGAGGAGGUGUUAAAACUGGAGGUGGUAGAGGAGGAGGAGUUACAAUCGGAGGUGGUAGAGGAGGAAUUACAAUCGGAGGUGGUGGAGGAGGAGUUACAAUUGGAGGUGGUGGAGGAGGAAAAGUGCUAAUUGGCGGUAGUAGAGGAGGUAGAGGAGGAGAAGAAGGAGUUACAACCAGAGGUGGAGGAGGAGGAAGAGUUACAAUCGGAGAUGGUGGAGGAGGAGGAGUUACAAUCGGAGGUGGUAGUGAAGGAGGAAGAGGAGUUAUUUUAGGAGGUGAAGAAGGAGGAUUUACUUUUGGAGGUGGUGUUGGAGACAAAGAUGGAGAAGAAGGAGGAUUUGUUUUAGGUGGUAAUAUUGGAGAAAUUGGUGGAGAUGAAGGAGGUUGUGUCUUAGGAGGAGACAAAAGCGGAGUAGAAGGAGGGUUUAUUUUAGGAGGUGGUAUUGGAGACAAGGGUGGAGAAGAUGGAGGGUUUAUCUUAGGAGGUAGUAUUGGAGAAAUCGGUGGAGAUGAUGGAGGAGUCGUCCUAGGAGGCUGCAUCGGAGACAAGGGUGGAGAAGAAGGAGGGUUUGUGUUUGGAGGAUAUACUGGAGAAACAGGUGGUGAAGAAGGAGGAUUUAUUUCUGGAGGAGGUAUUGGAGACAAAGGUGGAGAAGAUGGAGGGUUUAUCUUAGGAGGUAGUAUUGGAGAAAUCGGUAGAGAUGAUGGAGGUGUUGUCCUUGGAGGCUGCAUUGGAGGCAAGGGUGGAGAAGAAGGAGGGUAUGUGUUUGGAGGAUAUACUGGAGAAACAGGUGGUGAAGAAGGAGGAUUUAUUUCUGGAGGAGGUAUUGGAGAAAAAGGUGGAGAAGACGGAGGGUUUAUCUUAGGAGGUAGUAUUGGAGAAAUCGGUGGAGAUGAUGGGGGAGUUGUCCUAGGAGGCUUCAUCGGAGAUAAAGGUGGAGAAGAAGGAGGGUAUGUGUUUGGAGGAUAUACUGGAGAAACAGGUGGUGAAGAAGGAGAAUUUCUUUCUGGAGGAGGUAUUGGAGAAAAAGGUGGAGAAGAUGGAGGGUUUAUCUUAGGAGGUAGUAUUGGAGAAAUCGGUGGAGAUAAUGGAGGAGUCGUCCUAGGAGGCUGCAUCGGAGACAAGGGUGGAGAAGGAGGGUUUGUGUUUGGAGGAUAUAUUGGAGAAACAGGUGGUGAAGAAGGAGGAUUUCUUUCUGGAGGAGGUAUUGGAGAAAAAGGUGGAGAAGAUGGAGGGUUUAUCUUAGGAGGUAGUAUUGGAGAAAUCGGUGGAGAUGAUGGAGGUGUUGUCCUUGGAGGCUGCAUUGGAGGCAAGGGUGGAGAAGAAGGAGGGUAUGUGUUUGGAGGAUAUACUGGAGAAACAGGUGGUGAAGAAGGAGGAUUUAUUUCUGGAGGAGGUAUUGGAGACAAAGGUGGAGAAGAUGGAGGGUUUAUCUUAGGAGGUAGGAUUGGAGAAAUCGGUGGAGAUGAUGGGGGAGUUGUCCUAGGAGGCUUCAUUGGGGAUAAGGGUGGAGAAGAAGGAGGGUAUGUGUUUGGAGGAUAUAUUGGAGAAACAGGUGGUGAAGAAGGAGGAUUUCUUUCUGGAGGAGGUAUUGGAGAAAAAGGUGGAGAAGAUGGAGGGUUUAUCUUAGGAGGUAGUAUUCGAGAAAUCGGUGGAGAUGAUGGAGGAGUUGUCCUAGGAGGCUGCAUUGGAGACAAAGGUGGAGAAGAAGGAGGGUAUGCGUUUGGAGGAUAUACUGGAGAAACAGGUGGUGAAAAAGGAGGAUUUAUUUCUGGAGGAGGUAUUGGAGACAAAGGUGGAGAAGAUGGAGGGUUUAUCUUAGGAGGUAGUAUUGGAGAAAUCGGUGGAGAUGAUGGAGGUGUUGUCCUUGGAGGCUGCAUUGGAGGCAAGGGUGGAGAAGAAGGAGGGUAUCUGUUUGGAGGAUAUACUGGAGAAACAGGUGGUAAAAAAGGAGGAUUUAUUUCUGGAGGAGGUAUUGGAGAAAAAGGUGGAGAAGAUGGAGGGUUUAUCUUAGGAGGUAGUAUUGGAGAAAUCGGUGGAGAUGAUGGGGGAGUUGUCCUAGGAGGCUUCAUCGGAGAUAAGGGUGGAGAAGAAGGAGGGUAUGUGUUUGGAGGAUAUACUGGAGAAACAGGUGGUGAAGAAGGAGGAUUUCUUUCUGAAGGAGGUAUUGGAGAAAAAGGUGGAGAAGAUGGAGGGUUUAUCUUAGGAGGUAGUAUUGGAGAAAUCGGUGGAGAUGAUGGAGGAGUUGUCCUAGGAGGCUGCAUUGGAGACAAGGGUGGAGAAGAAGGAGGGUAUGUGUUUGGAGGAUAUACUGGAGAAACAGGUGGUGAAGAAGGAGGAUUUAUUUCUGGAGGAGGUAUUGGAGACAAAGGUGGAGAAGAUGGAGGGUUUAUCUUAGGAGGUAGUAUUGGAGAAAUCGGUGGAGAUGAUGGAGGAGUUGUCCUAGGUGGCUGCGUUGGAGACAAGGGUGGAGAAGAAGGAGGGUAUGCGUUUGGAGGAUAUACUGGAAAAGCAGGUGGUGAAGAAGGAGGAUUUAUUUCUGGAGGAGGUAUUAGAGUCAAAGGUGGAGAAGAUGGAGGGUUUAUCUUAGGAGGUAGUAUUGGAGAAAUCGGUGGAGAUGAUGGAGGAGUUGUCUUAGGAGGCUGUAUUGGAGACAAGGGUGGCGAAGAAGGAGGGUAUGUGUCAUUUACUAGAGAAAUAGGUGGUGAAGUAGGAGGAUUUAUUUUUGAAGGAGGUAUUGGAGAAAAAAGUGGAGAAGAUGGAGGGUUUAUCUUAGGAGGUAGUGUUGGAGAAAUCGGUGGAGAUGAUGGAGGAGUUGUCUUAGGGGGCUCCAUUGGAGACAAGGGUGGAGAAGAAGAGUUUGUAUUAGGAGGUUGUACUGGAGAAAUAAAUGGUGAAGAAGAAACAUUUGUUUUUGGAGGUGAUACUGGUGACAAAGGCGGAGUGGAAGGAGGGUUUAUCUUUGGAGGUGGUGUUGAAGAAAUAGGUGGAGAUGAAGGGGGAUUUGUUUUAGGAGGCUGCGUUGGAGAUAAGGGCGGAGAAGGAGGACUUUUCUUAGGGGGUUGUUUUGGAGAAAAAGAUGGCGAAGAAGAGGUGUUUACCCUAGGAGGUGGUGGCCGAAAAUUUGGUGGUGAAGAAGGUGGAUUUGGACUAGGCGGUGGUGGUUGAGACAGAAUAGGAGGUGGUGGCGGUGGCGGUGGCGGUGGUCGAUC